UCGCUUCCUUCUGGCGCGCGCUGCCACUCCAGCGCCUUUCUGAAGUGAAACCGCGGACGCGUCCGAACACGCGGGGGGCUCUCGCGGUGUGCUGAGUGAUGAGGGAGGAGAACCUCUCGAGAUGAUCUCAGUCCUGUUUUCAGCAGCAGAAUGACACCGGGGAUUUUCGCGCGCGCGAGUUUGCGGUGCGAGCUUCCCUGAUUUACUGACCGGAGAUCAAAGUGCAGAGACGCGCGCGCGCGGGGACGGUGCUGGCGGAUCAGCGGCACGCGCACUCAAUCUCCACAAUACCGACCAACCGGGGAGACAUGAACGGGACAGUUGCUGCAGCUGAUGAGAUAGAGGAGAACGGAGAGAAAUCAUGGUGGAAAUUGUUUAUUGAGGACAUCAGUGUCUUACAGCUGGUGCUGAGCUUCUUGCUUAUGGGUGUGUCAGGUCUGGUGUUGAUGCUGUAUCUGAUGUUUACUUCACUGUGGCCGAUUCCUGUUCUGUACUUCACCUGGCAGAUGCUUGACUGGGACAAGCCUGAGACAGGUGGUAGAAGAACUGACUUUGUGAGAAACUGGCGAGUGUGGAAACACUUGAAAGACUACUUCCCUGUAAAGUUGGUAAAGACGGCGGAGCUGAGUUCCAGUAAGAACUAUAUUCUGGGUUGCCACCCGCAUGGCAUCAUGAGCAUAGGCGCCGUCUCCUGCUUCACGACAAAGGCUGGCGGGUUUGAGCAAGUGUUCCCGGGAAUGCGCUCCUCUGUGGCCAUUCUCGCUGGCCUGUUCCGGUUACCGAUCUUCAGAGAGUACGCCAUGCUUGCAGGCCUGUUGCCGGUCAGUAAGGAGAGUCUGGAGUACAUGUUGAGUCGAACCGGUGUGGGUAACGCUGUGGUCAUCAUCAUCGGAGGUGCCGAGGAGUCACUGGCUUCUUCUCCUGGAGUGAACACCUUGGUCAUAAAGCAGAGGAAAGGCUUUGUGCGUCUCGCUCUGGAAAACGGGGCUGACCUGGUUCCAGUAUACUCGUUCGGAGAGAACGAGCUCUUCCCGCAGGUGCUGCUGUCCGAGGGCAGCAUAGGCCGCAGGCUUCAGGCUCUGUUUAAGCAGGUGAUGGGUUUUGCACCAUGUCUCUUCACUGGGGGGCGCUGGCUGCUCCUGCCUCACAGGAGACCCAUUACUACUGUGGUUGGAAGCCCCAUCUCUGUGCCUCAUGUAUGCAAUCCAUCCGCGCAGCAAGUGGACCACUAUCACAAGCUGUACAUAGAGUCUCUGUCCAAACUCUUCCACACACACAAAACGAGCUGUGGACUGGCCGACACACACCAACUACACAUCAUCUAAACAGUACACACGAACAGUUCUACAGAUUUCAGUUCAUAGCAUUCAGUGGUCUCAUGGCUAUAUUUUAUAAAUGGUACGAUAGUGUUUACUUUUACAACAUGUAUUACUUUACCUCCUAUUACUAAUUAAUUUACUCUUGAAAUCAGAUUACAUCUUCUAAAAUUGAAUUAUGCUAGUCACGAAAGCAGUAUGAAUAGAAACUAGCUCCAGGGAAAUGUGAAAUUUUAAACGCUAAUUUUGUUUACUAAAAAUUCACACAUUCGUAUUUAUCUUGAAUUAAUGUGUUUAAAAAUGGCUGAAAGUUGCUAGAUCUAUACUGAAAAACAGGGCAGUCUGACUUAUGAAUUUGUGGAUUAUAAUUUUUUUUUUAAAAUGUAUUUCUCGGUAACCGUUUUAGAUUAAUGUGAACAUGGCUUAAAUGUGCUGGAUUAAUGUAAAUAAUUACUCACUGGUACACUACCGUUCAAAAGUUUGGGGUCACUUUGAAAUGUCGUUAUUUUUGAAAGAAAAGCACUGUUUUUUUCAAUGAAGAUCACUUUAAACUAAUCAGAAAUCCACUCUAUAGACCCUUUUCAGUCACGUGACCUUCGUAAACGCGACCACCAUUUUGGACAUGUAGCGGACUUCGGCUCGAAUUGGUUUGAAUGCGAGGAAGGCGACAAACGGAGAACAUACAAGAAAAAGGAGCGAGAUGCAGAAAACAACUUCGCUAUCCAGCGACGUAGGGCAUUUACAGGGUGAGCAGAGGGAGAAAUAACAACAGUAACGACACAUUAGCAACGCCGUACAGAAAUAACGGUUUAUGGCACAGACCCUUUCGGUUCUCGCUCAUCUAGCUGCUACAAUGACUGCUUAGACUGCAACAAUAAUACCUAACACACAUUUAAGUAUCCGUCGUAAAGACGUGAAACUCGUCGAGUGACGAGUGUGUUCAUUGAUAAGCUAACACAAUCUAAAAGUAGACAUACCAUCACACUGCCCUGGCGCUGUGUACAGUUUACCUUCUAUGGUUUGUGCACUCACUAUUUGCCAUUACUUUCUCCAACCGUUGUUACAGAUUACAGGGAACGGCCUGGAUUUAAGAGACAAAUACAUGCUCCUAUUGUUUUGAACACUUAUUUGUAGGCAGUGCUUUAAUUUGUAAAGUGGGAGGUCCCGGAGCGCAGAGGAUGAGCGGCUCCGGUGCGGAAAAAAAGGGGGCGCGGCGCUGCGCUUCUGGGCAUGUUUUGUAAUAACACUGCAAAUUAAGUUCAUCUGCAGAUAUUUUGUGGAUGUCGUUUCAUGAGAGAAAUCACCAACAAGGCAGAUAUCAAAAUCAGACAUUAACACUAAAUAAACUUGCAUUUUUUUAUUUAAAUUAUUUGGGUUUUUUUUUUUUUGUUACAUAGUCAAGAGAGGUGUCGGAUCACUGGAUCCAGUGUAAAUAGCUGCCGGAGCCAACGCCCGAGGUUCCGGAGCGCGCUCCGGCUUGCUCCCCCUCAAAUUAAGCGCUGUUUGUAGGACACUGCCUCUGAUCUGUCCUACAGUCUACCAACAGCAAAGGAACACAAUGCUAGCUAAUGUCGUUAGCUAAUAGCUACUACAGAAGAACAAAGAGGUUACAAUGGGUUAUUUUAGCCUAUUUGGUUACACACUCGCCGGCACAGAAUGUUAACAGCAAUGUAAUGCCUUUUCUGGCUAAUUUUAUUCGUCUUACCUCCAACAAAGUGGUCACUACACAAGCGCUGGUAUGCCUAGGGCUGCCAAUCUGUUAAUUUUUUUUAAUGGCCGCUAUCCAUCUUCUCCGUCGGGAUCCGAUAAAAUGAUAAACCUUGCCUUGUGUGUUGAUGGUUAGUACAUCCAGGUGCACAACAAUAUAGUGGCAUGAUGGAAGUCUUGCUGAAAAUAAACACUUUCUUUGCUGCCGUUCCUCAAUGUUGGCUGUGGUAAACUACUGGUAGUACAUGUCCAAAAUGGCGGCUGCGUUUGUCGUGACGUCACGUGAAAAGGGUCCAUACAUUGCUAAUGUGGUAAAUGACUAUUCUAGCUGCAAAUGUCUGGUUUUUGGUGCAAUAUCUCCAUAGGUGUAUAGAGGCCCAUUUCCAGCAACUCUCACUCCAGUGUUCUAAUGGUACAAUGUGUUUGCUCAUUGCCUCAGAAGGCUAAUGGAUGAUUAGAAAACCCUUGUACAAUCAUGUUAGCACAGCUGAAAACAGUUUAGCUCUUUAGAGAAGCUAUAAAACUGACCUUCCUUUGAGCAGAUUGAGUUUCUGGAGCAUCACAUUAAUUUGUGGGGUCGAUUAAAUGCUCAAAAUGGCCAGAAAAAUGUCUUGACUAUAUUUUCUAUUCAUUUUACAACUUAUGGUGGGAAAUAAAAGUGUGACUUUCCAUGGAAAACACAAAUUGUCUGGGUGACCCCAAACUUUUGAACGGUAGUGUAUGUACAGUGUGGCGACAUUCAGUAUAUAAAAACAGUAUAAAUGUAAUAUGAAAAAUAUGAACUAUGAAUUGUUCAUUGUCGCAAGAUUGAGAUCAGAAGCUGUCGCUCUUGUGCUCUGUAUUAAGGACAUGGUUUAAAUUCCAUAGACUGAGCUCUGAGAACUGAUUGAGAUGUGCACGAAAAUAAAAUUUGUUUUUAUUUUAAAAUGUUUAAAAGUUCAAUUAUGCUCGUGUGUGGGAACACCAGUGAAUUGCUAUGACUUACACAAAAUAAAAGACUCUAGAAACA